GCCUCAUCUGGGCUGGAGCCUUCUUCUUGCCAUUAAGUCCUCAGUCUCUCUCCACUCGCCCUCGCAAAGGCCGAACCGGUCUCAGUCGCCCAACUCUUGUGCUCGCCCUUAUUUUUCCGUGCAACCUCAGUAUUCUCUGUCGCAACCUUCAGACGUGCAAAUACAGGCUAGCCUUUGACGUUUCAGCGCGAGGCGGCCCCCAAGGCACCAGCCCAUGCGCCCUUAGAGCUACCCAUUCCCCUCCGAUCCCGAGCGGCCGCUGCUGGGCACUGCUUUCAAAAAUGGCCGGCGUCGAUUAUAAUUCAUGUUGGAAAAUAGAAACAGAGGAUUUCUACCCGCAUAUUUCUCAGACUGGCUACUCUUGCUUAGGAAUAUCAGUACCUAAUGCUGGCCCACCUAAUCCGGCGGCUACAAGUACCCUGGUGACUAACACGGCCUACUCCCCUGUGAGGACCGGUCCUAUCAAUACCGUCCGGGGCCGCAACAUCUCCCAGGGCUCCGAAGAGAUGGACUGGCAUGAGAUCAACCAUCCAGGAAGUCUAUCAACAUCGCCAACCUCAGCUCUGACUCCCGACAAUGAGGCCUUCGAACUAGACCUGCUGGAUUCGGAGUCUUUGCGCAACUUUUAUCAGUUUGAAGCCAUGGAGCCUCGUCCGAGGCAGGACCAGUCCCACCCGAUGGACAUUUCUGGCCAAGAUGCGACCGCAUUCAACUACGUUGGUCAUGACUCGCAGAAUUCAUUUGUAUCCAUACCAAGGCAGAUGCCUUCCAGGCCCGUGCUAUCUAGCAAUAUUGGCCACAUGGGAUCUCAUCCAUCAUACAACCAGAUGUACGCCAAUACGUUCACCCAGCAGUCACCGCAACAGGAGCCUUGGUCUGCUGUUGGCCACUUGCGAAACGAAAAUGUCUCAAAUUCCGACACACUUCUCUUCGACCCAGAGUCUUCAAUCAGCCUGGGCAGCAAUUGGCCCACUGCUACUGAUUACAGUAGCUAUUUAGUCUCUCCCCAUUCACCAAAUGACUUCCCGUCGCUGGACGCGGGAUAUGGUUACGAUAACCAAAUGGCGUCCGUGGAGAUGGAAGUGUCCAUCUCUGGGCCUCACCCGGAUCCAUACACCUAUAGACAGUCUCCAAACCUAGUUCCCAACGCGUAUGCUCAUGACUCUUUGGGAAGAGCGCCCUCGGAUGCUGCAUCAACGGGCGUCAUGUCGCGUCUAUCUCCAUUCCAGGAUCCGACAAGCCCGUUCUCGGCUCAGGGUGGCCUUUCUCCUGGAUCGGAGGGGGUGUUCUCCUCCUAUCAACCAUCAGAUCCUGGCGCAAAUAUGGACUCUUUCCAACCACUCGAACAUUUCAAGAACUCACCCUCGCCGGCGCCAACAAGCAGCAAUGCUUCCGCGUCAACAUCGCAAUAUGCAGCACCGAUAACCUAUGGACCGGAAUCUGUUCGCAGUAGGACUUCGAGACAACAAGCAAACAGACCUGGUGGCAGACAGCUCGGAUCCCAUCUCAGGCCAGAAGUAGCGAAGGAUGCACAUGAUAUGCGGAAGGUUGUUGCGUGUUGGCAUUGCGUCCUCCAACGAGAUAAAUGCGGCCCUGGCGAAAUCUGCGAACGCUGCAUGAAACGAUCUCUGAGACCCAAUACCGACUGCGGGCUGGGAUGUAGCCGAGUUCGUCUUUGGGAGCUUGCGUGCUACUUUCUUCCAAGUAUCACGACUUCGAUGCACGAGGAUAGCAAACUCACAGAUUUUGUUGCCCUACACAUCCACCAGUGGUCCAACACCGAGGUUUCACUAAGAAUGAGCUGCGGCGAAGGCCUUCCAGAAUUUCCCGUCAAAGUCUACGAAUUCACACCAAAAACGAAGGAGCUACUGCGGCAAUUCCAAUACAUUACCGACCAAUACACCGGCGAGCAGUCGCGCGUAGAGAAGCGCUCACCACCGCUAGGCAUGGUACAGAUCAACCACAAAGACGAACAAAAGUACGACAAAUACAUCGAUCUGAUCGUCGACAAGUACCUCCCCGUCUUCGCACACAACCAUCUCGGCUACGAGCAACACGACUUCCAGCUCAAGCUCUUCUUCAUGAUGACGCAGCUAAAGCCCAAAGCCGAAGACGAGAAGAAGCUCCUUCGUGAAGUUUUCAAGCUCGUCGUCGUCACCUACAUCAUGGGCCGCACCUUUACCAUUGCGGAAGACACCCGCGAGGAAAGCCUCCGCAAGCUCCACAGCUACCAGCCCGGCGUCUACGCUGAUGAGUUCUGCAGCCCGCGCAUGACGAAUCGUCAGCUCAAGUACUUCUUCUGUCGUCUACAGCAGACGAUCAUGCAGAACGUGCUGAACAAGCUUCAGCAGCUUUUCAAGAGUAGCAAGGGCUGUGACAAGUGGACGGCGGCGUUCUGCGCUAUCCUCGGCCUCGCGAUGGCGCAUGAAGAUAACCAGCAGACGAUCCAUCUGGUCAUGGAGACGCGCUCGGCCAGUCUGGAGAUCCUGCCGCAGGAGGCGAAGGCCCAGUCCGAACUCGCUUGCAAGAACAUUGACGAGCAGUUCGCGUUUGUGAUGGCGAUUUUCAGGUGGAAGUAUAAUCGUAGCUAUAACCCGCUCAAGGACGCAGACACAGUUGAUUGGGUAAGCAAACUUAAGGAUGCGGGUGCUAUUAAGUUUGUAAAGGAUGUCGCGGGAUUGGUUACGGAAAAUAGCGACUAUCUCUACAGGAGACAGCAUGUUAGCAUCGCCCAAGAAAACCAGGGACAAUACGGUUCCAGGCUCACGGCGCAAUUUCUCCUUUCCUUCUGGCUUCCGUCAUAG